CAAUAUAAAUAGUGGCAAGGACCCUGUUAUGUUGAUCCCUUCAAUACGUUUUGAUCAAAUUAGUGUAAGCAAGAAAUUAAGAAGAUAGAAAUGUUGGCUAUAUUUCACAAGGCUUUUGCUCACCCACCUGAGGAGCUUAACAGUCCUGCCUCUUACAAUGGUAGCACGAAGCCUAAGCUUCCUGAGGAUACUCUCAAAGAGUUCCUUUCUCAUCACCCUCACAACACUUUCUCCAUGAGCUUCGGAGCUGCCGCCGUGCUUGCCUAUGUUCAGCCUGACCGUCCUUCCUCCCUUCAUCAAAGGUUGUUCUGUGGGUUUGAAGAUAUAUACUGCCUGUUCUUGGGGAGCUUGAAUAACAUAUGGUCGCUGAAUAAGCAGUAUGGUCUAACAAAGGGAACAAAUGAAGCCAUGUUUGUGAUCGAAGCUUUCCGUACCCUUCGUGACCGGGGUCCAUACCCAGCUGACCAGGUUGUGAAGGAUUUUGAUGGGAGCUUUGCCUUUGUUGUCUAUGAUAGCAAGGGUGGAACCGUCUUCGCUGCACUGGGUUCUGAUGGUGGAGUAAGACUAUACUGGGGUACUGCAGCUGAUGGGUCUGUGGUGAUUUCUGAUGAUUUGGAGGUCAUCAAAGCCGGCUGUGCCAAAUCAUUUGCUCCCUUCCCAACAGGGUGUAUGUUCCACAGUGAGGGAGGGUUGAUGAGCUUUGAGCAUCCGAUGUACAGGGUGAAAGCAAUGCCAAGGGUAGAUAGUGAAGGGGCCGUGUGUGGGGCGAAUUUCAAGGUUGAUAAGUACGCAAGGGUCAACAGCAUUCCACGUGUGGGAAGUGAAACCAAUUGGACCGUGUGGGACUCGCAAUAGCUGAAAUUCGAUCCAUGCAUGAUGGAUGUGCGUGCUGUCUCUCUGAAUCCGAGCCACGGAUUUGCUUUUUCAAACUUUUAUGUUUUUCUUUCGUAUCUUUGUUUUUCCCCCAUGAAUGAACUAUGAACGUGUUACGUGUA